AUGGGUAGCACGCUUGAGCGCCAUCCAUUUUCAGGGCUAGUUCAUUCGGCCCAUGAACUAACACCUUUUGUGGUGUCUGAUGAGCGUGCAUUCCGGCACCUUAACCUCGCGUUCGGUUCAUCCCGCAUCGCCAGUUCUGCUUACCAAAAAUGGCCCACUAGGCUUCUUACAUAUUUAAAGUUUGAGAAUAGGUUAAGGUUGUUUCAACCCCAAUGCCUCUAA